AUGCCAUGGUUCUCGUUGCUGAAAAUGGCUUCGGAGAAGAGGCCUACAGACGCAAGCUGGCCGACAUAUGUUUUGUCAGGCCAGGAUCUGGCGAAGGCUACCUCGCCACUGCUGCUAGUGAGGUUGCCCUUUCUGCAAAGCGAGGAAAAGCCUGUGGAGGCAGACCCUCCAGAUCGGGGUGACUCCGACGAAGAUGUGGAGAUGAAACAUUCUGAAAGGGCUCGUGCGUCGACAGGAGAGGAGAUGGCUGGCAACAGGGGUUCUUCGACUCGGAAGCCGAAAGGCGUCUCAGCUGAGACUUCGAUGCCGAUGGUGUUACAGGAGUAUAAUGCGGAAGAUGCGGUUGGUUGUUGGGUGCUGCCGUGGCGGCAGCUCGUUCGAGGACGCGGAGGUCCUCAAGAUGGCUAG